UGUCCUUUUUCUGGAAGUCAUUAAUUCAUAAUAUGCUGCACAUCACAAUGGAAUUUUCUACUGGAACAGAAAAAAAGUUUCCAUUGCAGUUCACCUUAGAGUGCACAAAGUAGCUACUAAUGAACACAGGAGUAAAGUCUGAGUCAGCAUUUGCACUAAAAUAACACUAGAGUUGAGAGAUAGAACUAUCAGGUUUUUUUUUUUUUUUAUAUAUAUGUAUAUAAUUACAUUUUUCUAUAAUGACAUGUACAUUGGCAAUAUUUUUGUAAGCUUGUUUUGCUCAUUUAACGCUUCUGAAAUUGUAUGUAUUUAAUAAAAUUAUUACAUGCUAUUACUUGUUCUUAAGUUAAUCAUUGGUAGAAAGCACAGCUUCAACCAACCCUGUUAUCUCCCCUUUUAAAUAUCCCACACAGCUUUAGAGGGAUAUCAGAGAUUACUGUCACACAGAAAGCUUUAUGAAGUUUUAUUGUUAUCGAGGUCAGUGUAAUUUUGUGCUUUGUAAUUUAUUUUUAAGUUUUGACACAGACCAUUUAUAGUAGCUAUACAGCACAAAAAAUAGAAAAUGGACUCAGGAAAUGCAGACUAUCAUAUACAGAGAGAGGUUAUAGAUGAACAGAGGCUGAAAGAGCGAUCGCAGAGAAUGAACCGUUCCCAGACCAACCUUUCCAUCUCACAUCGGCUAAAGAAAUCACUCAGCUGUUCGGUACCCAAACUGAAACAUAGCAUAGUUGGUUUCUUGCCUGUUCUGUCCUGGUUGCCCCGUUACUCCAUCUGGGAUUAUGGCAUGCCCGAUCUCAUCUCUGGCAUUAGUGUGGGCAUUAUGCACCUUCCACAGGGAAUGGCAUAUGCUUUGCUGGCCUCGUUGCCACCGGUAUUUGGACUCUACACAUCCCUCUAUCCUCCAUUAAUUUAUUUUAUUUUUGGGACCUCCAGACACAUCUCCAUAGGCACAUUUACUAUCCUCAGUAUUAUGAUUGGUAGUGUGACAGAGAGACUGGCCCCAGAUGCAGAUUUUCUGAUUUACAAUGGCACUAAUGUGACUGAAGAGGUGGAUAUCAUAUCUAGAGACUUGUACAGAGUACAGGUUGCUGCUGCCACCACUGUACUGGGAGGACUUAUUCAGGUUGUAUUAGGCUUGGUGCAGUUUGGGUUUGUUGGUACGUAUCUUUCAGAGCCAUUGGUCAGAGGUUAUACCACAGCUGCUUCUCUUCAUGCUGUAGUAGCCCAGUUAAAGUACAUCCUUGGAGUCUCACCCAAGCGCUUCAAUGGACCUCUGUCUAUUGCCUAUACUCUAGCAGACUUGGUUAUGCUGUUGCCAGAGACUCAUCUUCCAACUCUGCUGGCCAGUGUUGUGUCCAUUGUGGUUCUCAUCACUGCCAAAGAGCUUAACAAUGCACUCAGGCAAAAACUGCUGGUGCCUAUUCCGGUGGAACUCUGCACUAUUGUAGUGGCAACGGUUAUAUCAUUCUACACUCGGCUGAAUGAAAGCUAUAAGAUAUCAGUCGUUGGCGAGAUCCCAAGUGGACUUCAGCCUCCCAGGGUUCCAAAAGCCAGUGUCUUUUCUGAGGUGGUGUUGGAUGCUUUUGCAAUAGCCAUUGUGGGUUACGCAAUUUCUAUCUCUUUGGGCAAAACCUUCGCUCUCAAACAUGGUUACAAGGUAGAAAGCAACCAGGAGCUGGUGGCUUUGGGUCUCAGUAAUACAUUUGGAGGUUUUUUCCAGUGUUUUUCAGUUUGUUCUUCUAUGUCUCGCAGUCUCAUACAGGAAAGCACAGGAGGCAAGACACAGAUGGCAGGAGUAGUGUCUGGUGUAAUAGUACUGGUGACAGUACUAAAGUUAGGCUCACUUUUUCAGGAGCUGCCCAAGGCAGUUCUUGCUGCCAUUGUAUUUGUGAAUCUAAAGGGAAUGUUCAAGCAGUACUAUGACGUAGUCACACUGUGGCGUAGUAGCAAGGUUGAUCUGUUGAUAUGGUUGGUGACAUAUGUGUCUACUGUGCUCUUUAAUUUGGAUAUGGGUCUGGGGGCCUCCAUGGGUUUUGCACUGCUCUCUGUUAUCUUCAGAACUCAACGGCCCAGUUAUUCACUACUGGGACACCUCCCUGGUACUGAGCUGUAUCUAGAUAUGGAGACACACAAAGAGGUGAGGGAGGUACCCGGUAUCACCAUAUUUCGCUCUUCUGCCACCAUGUACUUUGCUAAUGCUGAACUUUAUCUUGAGGCCCUUAAAAAAAAGAGUGGCCUGGACAUCGGGAAAAUGCUCACCUAUAAGCGCAGACAGGAGGCCAAGCAGAGACGCCGAGAGAGGAGAGCAGAGCGGAGAGCCCGAAGAGAGGCUAAAAGACAGAAAAAAGCUCUCAGGGAAGCCUCUCAGCGAUCCAAAAAAGCUGUGUUUACAGUGGAAGAUGAAGCAGGGCAGUUGAAGGAUGGAAUGAAUGGAGACAUACACAGAGAGCGGGAAAACAAUACAGUGUUUGUCAUACCUGAGACAGCACGGACAUCUGAUGGCCAGCACACCUGGGUGUACCUUAAGGGCACUGACCCUGACACCGCCACCCUGGGGUCAGUGUCAGAUCUACACGACGGGGACACCACCACGCUGGACUCCAGCAGCGAGGACACUUUAAGCAGGGACCUGGAGAGGGUUUCUCUGGGAUCCCUGGGGAAGUGGACCUGGGACAUCCACUCCAUCAUAUUGGAUUUCUCCACUGCUAACUUUACUGAUACAGUGGCCAUUAAGACAUUAAGGAAUAUAUUCCAUGAUUUUGGAGAGAUCGAUGUGGAUAUCUACUUGGCAGGCUGUCAAGCACUGGUGGUGGAACAGCUUGAGCGUGGCGGCUUCUUCUCUGAUGUCAUCACUGAAGGCCGUGUCUUUGCUACUGUGCAUGAUGCUGUUCUGUACUGUCUCAAGCAUCGGGGAGCUGUGACCAUCCACAGCUAUGAGAAUGCUCUGGAUAUAAGUGGUACCCAACUAUGAGAGAAGAUUUCUGAUUUCUUGAUUGAUGAUUCAUCUUGUUCUACAUGCUCAUACAAGCUAUACACAAAAAAAGUAAACCUCUCCGUCAAGUUAUGAAAUUAAUGCUCAAAUAGCAUUUGACAGUAAUGAAGCAAGUCUGUUACUUUUUUCUGAUUUGGUUAUGAAACAUAGGCGUUUAAAUGUAAUAUUUUUGUGUUUGUAUUUUUUUGGUUUAUUUAACUAGUAAAGGAUUAUUGUAAAUUACACUGAUUAGUAAGAUGAACACUUAAUUUUAAAUGCAAUGUAAUUGGAUUUUAUACCAUUUAAUGAAAAUGGUUAUUUUUAACUUAAAAAACAACAGACAAAAGUCUGUUGUCUGUCUAGAAAAGUAGAAAAAUGCAAUUUGUUUUUAAAGAAAACAGACUAGUCUCUGAUUGGUCAUUUUAAUAAUUUAUUCAACAAAGUGAUUCUGUGCAUUUUAACAGCAACAAUGUGAUUCAACUCCAACAAAUAAAUAAAAUAAGUUAACCUCA